GUAAUUCAGCUGUGUAUUACUAGCUACUGUAUACGAGUCUGUAAUCGGGGAGCGAUGAAAGCAUUGCGUGAAAACCUUCGGUGCAAGCCAUUUCAGGGCACAGCGGAGCACUGCGUGCGCGGGCGCGUCCCUCGAUGCGAGAAUUUUAGCCGGCGGAUGACCAUUGUACAAGCGAAGGUGGACGCGUCCACGUUCCAGGGCUGCAACCGACCCCUGGACAAGCGGAUCAAGGUGGUCGGCAUGGGUAGCUGCGGUGUGGACUAUCUGGCCUCAGUUGCAGCUUACCCCCGCCCGGACGAAAAGCUGCGUACGGAAAAGCUUGAGACCCAGGGCGGCGGCAACUGCGCCAAUGCACUCACUGCGGCGGCGCGCCUGGGUCUGUACCCCACCCUGGUCACCAAGAUUGGCGAUGAUGGUCUCGGCGACGGCAUCCUCAGUGAGCUGCACUCGGACGGCAUCGACACGACGCACGUGAUCCGUGCCGCCGGCCACCCCUCGCCCUUCACCUACAUUAUUGUGGACCGCCAGGGCGGCACGCGCACCUGCAUCCACACGCCCGGCGCGGCGCUGGAGCCGGGCGAGAUGACGUCUGGCCUGCUGGCGGGUGCGCUGGAGGGCGCGGCGCUGGUGUACUUUGACGGGCGGCUGACGGAGGCGGCACUGCUGCUGGCGCGAGAGGCGCGGCGGCGCGGCAUCCCGGUGCUGGUGGAGGCUGAGCGGCUGCGGCCGGGUCUGCAGCAGCUGCUGGCGGAGGCGGACUUCGUGGUCACGUCCGCGCACUUCCCGCAGGACUGGACCGGCGAGGCGGUCCUGGCGGACGCACUGCUCGCCACCGCCCACCGCCUGCCCUCCGCCCGCUGGGUCAUCACCACCCUGGGCACGCGCGGCUCGGUGCUGCUGGAGCGGCCGCCGCCGCCGGCCGGCACUGGGGGCGGGAGUGGGAGUGGGAGUGGGAACGGGAGUGGGAAUGGGAGUGGGAAUGGGAGUGGGAGUGGCGGAGGCGGUGUGGCGGUGGUGGCUCCGGGCGUGCGGGCGCUGCACGAUGUGUUGGAGCUGGAGCUGGAGCCGCGGCUCAGGGCGCUGGUGGCGGAGGUGGAGGCGGAGGCGGUGUGUGUGGCGGCGGGGGGGCAGGUCAUCGGCGCCGGCCACACCGCCAGCACCGACGGCUUCGUGCAGCUGAGGUACUCGUCGCCCAGGGACCGGGCUCAGGAGGCCGCGGCGGCGGCGGCUGUGGCGGCGGAGCGGGCGGCGGCGCUGAAUGCGGACAGCGGCCGCGGCGCUGCGUACGCCGGCAGCGGCACCAGUGCUGCUGCUGCUGGCGGUGGCGGCGGCGGCGCAGCUGCCGGCAGCUCCGGACUGGUGGCUCGAGUGACCCUGGCCUCCAUCGCCGCCCUACCCAAGGAGGCGGUGGUGGACACCACGGGCGCGGGCGACUCGUUCAUAGGCUCCCUGCUGUACGGCGUGUGUACGGGCAUGUCGCUGCCCGGCUGCAUGCGGCUGGGGGCGGUGGUGGCGGCGGCCAAGUGCAUGCGGCUGGGCGCGCGGCCGGGGCUGCCCACCCGCUGCAGCCUGUCGCGGGACCUGCUGCACGAGGAGGAGGGGGGCAGGUGAGGAGAGGGGGGCAGGUGAGGAGACGGGGGAUGUUGUGGGUAACAGCCCAAAGUAAACCAAAUCAACGGAGCACAGGCAGAGGGGGCAAGUGAGGCGGGGGCAAGUGAGGGAGCGGGGGAACGUGAGGUGGCGUGACGUGGCGUGGUUUGUUUGUGGUGGCGGCGGGGAUGUUGAUGAGGAGCUGGGAGGUAGAAGGCGAGGUGGUGGGGUCGAGGCGGCGUGAGCGGAGGGCACGGGCGGCGUGAACGGAGGGGUUUGGGUGAAGUUGAUGGGGGUCUGGAGGGCUGUGUAUGAACGGGAGGCGUUAGGGUGAGAGUUUGCUUUAAGUAUACAAUGAGUUGUGAGGGGAGGGGCGUCUGCCCUGGCAGGUUGAGGGUCAGCGGCAGGGUUGCGACAUGGACCUCGGGACUGCAGGAAGAGGAGGCCAGUGGCAGUGCGUACCUAACCGACUGACCGGUUAGGUCGCGUACGAUACGCAUAAGGGGAGUUAUGCACAGUGUACUUUGUGCUUGCGGAUGUGCACGGAGGACGCGCGUUGAUGAGAGCUUGCAGAGGUCGGGUGGCGAAGUUCGCGCGCACGCGCAGCCGUGGCGACUGGCGAGGCUUGAUGCAUGGCCGCCCGCCAUUGAUGAGUGACCGCCGCGUGUUUUCCUCUUGCAAAUUGCAUCCCAGUCAAUGAAAGUGUUGUGGUUGUGCGCACGCCGCUCCUGAAGCCAAAGGGCUGAGUGAAUGAAUAGGCGAAAGCCUCGGUUAGUUCGGCAAGCAAGACGAGCUCGCUGUACUUUCUUAAGCUACACAGCGCCUACAUUCACUGUGUUUAGUAUGGAGACAAAGAGCUUACUUGCUGCUGACCGGCUUCAGCACUGAGUCCGCGUUACCGGAGCGCAUUGCUCUACGAAACAUGGCGAGCUGCCCGGCGUUCAUUAGAUGCCGCAUGAUAAGAAGCUGAUGUAACACCUGCACACC